AUGGAGGUUAUUGCUGAAAACUUCCUACAUGAGCUAAUAAGUCGAAGCUUGAUUCAAGUUGCGGAGACAUUCUUUGAUAAAAUUCUUACAUGUAGGAUACACGACCUACUACGGGAUCUUGCUGUACAAAAAGCCAUGGAGGUUAACUUGUUUGACAUUUAUGAUCCAAGAGUAAACUUGGUCACCCCAUUUCGUCACCGACAUGCUAUUCACACACAAACUCAAAGGUAUCUUUCACUUGAUCUUUCUAAAUUGAAGAUAGCCAAGCUCACAAAUUUGAGACAUUUAAUUACUCGAUAUGAGGUACCGUUGCAAGUUGACAGGCUACGAACUCUUAAAUAUAUUCGUUGUGAUCAGUGGAAACAUACUGAUGCUUCUCGUUUAGUCAACCUUCAAGAAUUGGGCAUGGAACAUAUUAUGAAAUCUUACUCCCUAAAAUCCAUUGGGAGCCUAAAAACCCUCAUCACCUUGUUGCUAGUUUGCAGUUAUGGUGAAACUUUUCCUCCCCUUGAACCUCUUUCUUCUUGUGAAAACCUUCAGAGAUUGUGGUUAUCAGGGGGAAUAGAAAAAUUAGCAAAUUUAAACAAUCUGCCAAAAUCCAUCACUGUGUUAGUCCUACAGUCUACACGCUCUACAGGACUCGAGGAAGAUCCAAUGCCAAUUCUGGGGAAGUUUCCAAACUUAAGGCAUCUCGAGUUAUCACGGGCCUACAAGGGAAAGAAAAUUACUUGUAACAGCAACAGUUUUAGUCAGCUGGAGACCCUUAGACUUGUUAAUCUUGGAAAUCUUGAAAGCUGGCAUCUUCACACAACUGCUAUGAGUGUGCUAAAAAGUUUGAGUAUAUUUCGGUGUCCGAAGCUGCAGAAAAUUCCAGAAAGAAUGGAACAUAUUGCGGUGCUUGAUGGUAAUCAAAGCAAACUGGUGUACUAUUAUCUGUUCCCACAUUAA